GCCACAUUCAUAUUCACAAAGAAAAGCAAACAAUUAUAAAAAAGAAGAGCAAAUACACAUAGCAAUUAUAUUUAUUGAAAAGAAAAGCAAUGGCUGGUGUAAAGGUAACAUGCAUGGCUAUAGUGAUAUGCAUGAUGUUGAUGGGUGCACCCUUUGCCGUGAAUGCAAUCUCGUGUUCGGAGGUGAUACAUAAACUAGACCCAUGCUUGGGAUACUUGGGUGGUAGCUCGUCAGCUCCUUCAAGAAAAUGUUGUCGUGGAGUGAAGAAAUUAAAUCAUAUGGCAAGGACAACCAGAGAACGUAGAACUACGUGUAACUGCUUGAAAUCUGCUGCUAAUGCUAUUUCUGGUUUGAGGACAAACAAUGCUGCUGCACUCCCUGGGAUGUGUGGUGUCAGGCUCAGCUACAAGAUCAGCACCUCCACCAAUUGCAACCGCAUCAGGAAUUGAAGAGGAAGCCGCAGAGGCAAGAAACUUGAAGCUAUUUAUAGUACCAUUAAAACAUAUUGAGAGUGCAUAUAAAAUAUUUUAUAUUGAGAGUAUACGAAUAAAAAUAUAGGGGUUCGACUUUUUUUAAAAAGCAAAUACUAGAGUGCAAAGGGGCUUUUCUUAUAUGACCUCCUCCUUUUAUCGGGUUUGUAUUGAUUGUUUCGUAGUAUCACUUAUGUAAUAUAACUAUUGUAAUUUGAUUUUCCCUUAGCUAAGUGGUCUGAUUCAUCAUUAAUGAAUUUUAGUACUUUAUUUUAUAAAUAAAAGAUUGAUUCAUUUACACCUUA